UGAUAGCAAAGCUGCUCGGACCUGUUGGCUUUUGCAUGUCGUCCACGUUUAAAUACAGUUAUCUCAUUCUGAAGAGGACAAUUUUCGGACGUUGCAUCGUCCACAUUGAGAAAAAUUGGAAGAUGGUCCAGAAUCCAACUCAUCGCGCCAUUAUGUUGAGAAACGCUUCCACCAGCAGAAAUCUCAGCAUGUUGUGCGCAAUGUUCCUUUAUGCUGCUGGAUUAGCGUAUCACACAAUAGUGCCGGUUUUCUCCAAAAAGCCCUCGAAAGGAAAUCACACUGUCAGACCGUUAAUUAUGCCUGGUUACGAUGCAUUCUUCGACACUCAGUCUAGUCCAAACUACGAGAUCAUAUAUGGCAUUCAGUGUAUUGCCGGCUUUGUAAGGUACAGCAUUACGAUAGUUGCGUUCAGUUUGGCUGUGAUUUUUGUAAUGCAUAUCUGCGGUCAAAUCCAGAUACAAAUCGCACGUUUGGAAGAGUUUUCUCAGAGGAAGGGUAAAGUGGACCCUUGUCAUAAACCACUAGGCAUCGUUAUUCGAGAUCACGCAGAGAUCUUACGAUUUUCUAAGGACGUUGAAAAAGCUUUGCGCGAAAUAUGUUUAAUUCAGAUCGUGGAGUCGACGUUAAUUAUGUGUUUGCUUGAAUACUACUUAUUGAAGGAGUGGGAGAAUAGUGACGCUGUUACGAUAUCAACAUACUCCAUUUAUCUAGUUUCCUUCACUUUCAAUACGUAUAUAUUUUGCUACAUAGGAGAAAUUCUUUCCGACCAGGUAUUUACAGUGUAGCCAAGUUGGUCCAGCCUGUUACAGAAUCAACUGGUACAGUUUACCGCCAAAGGAAGCUUGUAAUCUUAUUCUCGUGAACGCGAUAUCACUCUACCCACCAAAACUUACAGG